UGGCCAUGAGGAAGCUGGUGCGCACGGUGAUCAUCAAUGACGACGAGGAGGAUGACGAUGACGAAGUCAGCGUCCACCACCGUCACCACCAUGCCCACUGCAGCGGCACAGGUGAUCCUGGGGAGUACAACCUGCGUUCCCGCACCGUGGUGUGCGGCACCUGUGGCCAGCCGGCAGAGAAAGCCAGCGGGGGCCAGAACGCCGCGGCCGGCUCCAUGUCCUCGGAAUCGUCCGCCUCCAGCCUCACCAUCACCCGCAGCUACCGCUCCCUCGGGGGCGCUGGCGGGGGCAGCAGCGGCGGCCUUGGAGAAAACCUGGUGACCAGGUCCUACAUCCUGGGUAACUCCAACCCACGCACUCAGGUGAGUGCACGAGAAGAAAGGCCCCUAUCUCUGGGGCAGGGGAAUCCCAAGGUAGCCGAGUGUCCAAGCACAGCCUGAGCUCCAGGCUAAUGGCUCUUGCUCAUCUGAAGGUCCCAGUGGGAAUUCCAGCUGGUGGAACCCCAUCAUCGUUUGGUUCUUCCUCUUGCCCGUUGGUUAGGGCCAGUUCUGUGCCAGGAUCGAUGUGCUCUAAAUACAAAUAGGUUCCCCACUCGAUAAGCCAAAAUCCAGCUCUCUCCUCUGGCGGCUCCUGCUACAGACAUGAGUAGUUUGUGGAUGGGGAUCUGGUGAAGGCUCCUCUCUGCAGAUCUCUGAGUUGGACAGACUGGGAAAUGGUCUAAAUGGAUUUACUGACCCAGAUUUAGCUCCCCCGUGGCUAAGCCAGCUGUGUACGCGCUCCUCCUUAGUGUGCCUGUUCUGAGUCAGAGCCCAUCUCUGCUGCUGUGAGCCAGCUCCAGAGGCCACUUGCAGCCAGUUCUGAUGCCCCGCUGCCCCCAGUCCCAGGGUCCUCACUUGGGUCAAACUCCCACACAAGCCAACAGGAGUCUUUCUGGAGUGAGGACUGCAGGGUUUGCUGGCUGUGUGCGCGCAGUGCUGGGGAAUGUGGAAGGGUACCGCACCCCCACUCAUCAGAGAGAGCCCCACAGCCCUCCAGGCGGAGGCUGCAAUAUUUGGGUCUGCAACAGAAAACCUGUCAAAGCCAGAGAAAUAUUCCCCAGAGCAAGGAGCCUAGCUAAUGAGGCUACAUCCGAAUCACCAGCUCCCUCUAGGGGCCCAAAUGAGCUUUACUCUCCCUGCAGCAGAGCCCAAACUGUAGCUGUCUAGGUCAGCGCUACCCCCGAAUGGGCCCGUCUGUCCAUAACCAGACUGUCCAGGGUCCUUCAGAAUAUGGGAAUUCUGAGCCUUCUGCCUCCAAGGGACCUCCCCUGACAUGAAGAGCCCAUGACGCACCUUAACGGGGACUGUGGGACUCGCCAGUGGUCCUUCGAAACCAGCGGCCUGUCUCCUAGGGUGACCAGUGGCUUCCGAGGAAAGUACAAGAGACCCCUCCCGCCCCCCAUGGAAUUGCCUGACAAUGGGAGAUGUUUCUUCCUUACCCAGGCAGCUAGUGACUGGCUCAUGCCUUGAAGCAUGAUGGUUUGUACCUUGUACAUGGUUGACCAUGUUAAUUAUACUUAGAACAUUCAAGAUAAGGUCCCUAUUUAUAGGGUUAAGCCCCUAGUUCCCCACACUCUUGAUUCUGGCUUAU